AUGAAAGCGGCACCGAUGUCAGUUCGACUCACGCCAUACAUCCUAAGCGCCGCCGACUGGAAGAAUCCUUUGCAAGACCCGAUCCGUCGCCAGUUCAUCCCGCUGAAGUCAGUCAUCAAGCCAGACCAUCCCGCCUUAUCUCUCGACUCCCUGCACGAAACCGAAGAUUCACCCGUUCCCGGGCUAGUGCACAGAUACCCCGAUAAAGUCCUUUUCCUAGCAACCUCCGUAUGCCCCGUCUACUGCCGCUUCUGCACCCGCUCCUACGCCGUCGGCAGCAAUACUGAAACCAUCCAAAAGGCUUCCCAGCGGCCCACCCGCAAGCGCUGGGAAGCAAUGUUCAACUACAUCGAAUCCACCCCCGCCGUCUUUGACGUGGUAGUCUCAGGCGGCGACUCCUACUACCUGCAACCGGAGCAGCUCAGUCUCAUCGGUGAGCGAUUAUUACAAAUCCCCCAUAUCCAACGGAUCCGCUUCGCGACGAAGGGACUGGCGGUCUGUCCACAGCGGAUUCUGGACGGAAGCGAUGGAUGGAGUGAGACAUUUGUGGGACUGAGUCAGAGGGGAAGGGAGAUGGGAAAGCAGGUUGCCAUGCACACACAUUUUAACCAUCCCUCUGAAAUCUCCUGGAUCACAGAACUAGCAGCCAAGCACCUCUUCUCCAGGGGCGUCAUCGUACGGAACCAAACCGUUCUACUACGGGGUGUGAACGACGACAUCACGACCAUUUCAACUCUAAUCAGGAGGCUAGCGGAUCUGAAUAUCCAGCCCUACUACGUCUAUCAGUCGGAUCUGAUCAGUGGGGUUGAGGAUCUGCGGACCCCUUUGUCGACGAUUCUCAAGCUGGAGAAGCAUAUCCGGGGCACGAUUGCGGGCUUCAUGACGCCGUCUUUUAUUGUGGAUUUGCCGGGAGGGGGAGGCAAGAGGUUGGCCAAUAGUUAUGAGAGCUAUGAUGAGAAGACGGGUGUCAGUCAUUGGAGGGCACCGGGUGUGGCUGGGGAUGAGGAGUUUACGUAUCAUGAUCCAGUGCAGGCAUGA